UGGAUGACACACCAGAAAAGAUGUCAAAGGAGGAAGUUAACAAUUUAUUAAAAACACGUCACACAUGUCCUAAAUCACCCACACCUGCACCUAUUGAUGUAACUUCUUUACCUUUGUUAGAAAAAGAUUCUUUUAAAGUUUAA